CAUAAAAAGGUUUUAUUUUCAGAACUUGCAUUCACGAUUGGAUACAAUUAUUAAAGGACAGGUAGAUAGCUAUGAUAAAGAUGUGAUAUUUACUGACGCCUUUAUACGAAGAAUGAGAGCUCAGAUACGUGGAGUUUUCAGUGCUGUUACAAGGUGAAUACACCAUUACAAAUGUGACUAUCCUGUAUUUAUAGCUAUACUGGAGGAGUUAGUAAACAGUAGAGUGCUGGCAGGAACAUUAUCUGGUCGACAGGAUAAGGCAACAUAUAUCCCUGAUAUAUAUACAAAAUCACAGAAUGACUGGGUAGAUAGCUUCUAUAAACAAAAUGGAUACCUUGAAUAUGAUGCAAUGAAAAGAUUGGGAAUCUCUGACCCAAAAGAUUUUAUAAAGAAGCGUUUCAAAUCUGACAACCUGAUUUACCUGAGUACGUGCUGCACGGGUCGUGCUAUACAAGAACAAAUAGAGGCUAGUGUGGAGGAGGCACUUGCUGAUGGUACAUGGGUGGAUAUCAUGCCAUUACUACCAUCCGUGUUUAGUCCAAAAGAUGCGAACACAAUUCUAACAGGAUGUUUAAAGGGUCAUUCCGGGGCCAUGGUGUGUUGUGAUACUAUUGUAGCUAGUGAUAAACUCAUCUCACAGUGUUCUAAACCAUUCCCUCAAUUAAUGGCAGUCAAAGCCGAGAAGGAUGCUAAAAGUCAUCCUGUGUUUAGAGGGGUCGCAGAAGCAGGAGAUCCAGGAGCCUCUAAGUCAGAAGGGGGUAACACGAAGGAAGAUAGGAAAGAUCAGAGACGGAAAAAAGCAGCAACUGGAAGUGGCAGUACAAAAUCUGGUGGAGGAACUCAGGGACGUGAAAUCAAAACCAAGGCUGUGAAGAAAAAAGGUUAUAAAGGUCGUGACCAUGACAACGACUCUGAUGAAGAAAUUGUCGCCAAACCAAAGUCAAGGUCAACAGAGAUAGAGUUCAUGACCUUGGAAGAGAUUGAAGAAGUGCUACAAAAAGAUGAUAUUCUGAGAGAUUGUCCUGAAGAACUAGUCACAGAAAUUGCUCAACAGUUGAUAAGGCCUCUCACCAAACAAUAUCAAGAUGUAGCCAAAUCAAUUUUCCUGCAAACUUCUGGGGCAUCUAGUCAUGAAAGGAAGAAAACCCAUGUGGAAAUGAAAGAAAAAUUGGUUGGCUUAUGGACAAACGCUAGGUUAUUUGAAAAGGGAUUAAAACUAUUUAGUGAAGAGACACAGACAAAUUUAGUGCGGCAUUUAUUACGGACAGUAUGUACAGAUAUAACUAAUUUAGUCCUGAAUUCUGUAGCCACAGAUCAUAUGUUAUCUGUAGCUGAUGAAACACUGUUUACAAAUGAGAGUCGUGCCAAACUUAUAGGAAAGUUACCUGGUGAUAUUCAAGGGGAGUUACUCAAAUUAAACAGCUCAUUAAAUGGAAAGUCUCUGGAUGAUUUUUUCAACACGUUAGAUAUUUUAUGUGGGGCUUCACAUUUAAGUAUAAUAUUAAAGAAACCAGACAAGAAGAAAGAAAGGCAGUUAACAUUCAGUCAUAGACAAGCACUAUGUGAACAGUUAACCAAUGAGACAGAUGCCGCCAUGACGUUACAUCUUGCUUGCGUUAUUUUGUUCCAUAAGUUCACUCAGUCUAUCAUACAUGUGCCUGGUAAAUGUGUACCACAGGUUGUCUUGUUCCUAAAGGACCAUAUUGAACCAGAGAAGUUCAAGGAGUUAACCACACUUCAAGUGCAUUUGCUGAUACUACUUGAGAAGGAAGGUAACCCUGAUCUAACACGGCUUGAUUUGUACAACACAUUAAUUCAGCAACUACAGGCAGGAAAAUAUUCAUCACUAGGCAACUUACGAGACCUUGUGAUAGCUCAACUGCAGAGACAACAGUCAGCAGAAAAUGGUGAAAGUGAGGAUGUGAAGGUCAUUGAAGAAUCUAUAAAUAAAGUCAAGGACAUUGCCAUGACAACCAAAAAAUCUACACAAGCCAAUGCAGCUGCUGCAGAAGAUUGAACUAUUAAAAAUUUAAGAUAAAAGAUUGAUUAAAAAUAUAUGAUCAAUGAAAUAUGUUGGCAAUGUGACUGAAAUCUACAGAGAAUCUACAAGAGUUGAAGCAUACUUGAAUUG